UGCGCGAGUCACCGCCGUUAUGGACGACUGUCUUCUUUUCUCUGCGGACUUCACGUUUCUUCGUCGUUUUCUCCGCUAACUCGCGGCUCGCGAGGCCGAACGACGGCGUCCGGAUUGCUUCGCACCUGCUUAGCAGAAAGAAGGCGUCCGUGAUGAGCAUCAAUUCGGGCGCCCCGAGCACGGCGGGUCGCGGCAUCAUGACCUUCACGCCCUCGGCGGAGGACUUCCGAGACUUCCGUCGCUACGUGGCCUUCAUGGAGUCUCGGGGAGCCCACCGGGCCGGAAUGGCCAAGGUGAUCCCGCCCACAGGCUGGCGGCCGCGGAAGUCGUACGACGACACGGACGAGCUGGUCAUUCCCGCCCCCAUCCAGCAGGUGGUGACGGGCCAGUCGGGCCUCUUCACGCAGUACAACAUCCAGAAGAAGCCCAUGACCGUGCGAGAGUUCCGCAAGACCUCCAACACGGACAAGUUCUGCCAUCCGCGCUCCGUGGACUUCGACGAGCUGGAGCGGAAGUUCUGGAAAAACCUGACGUUCAACCCUCCGCUGUACGGCGCCGACGUCAGCGGGAGCCUGUACGACCCGGACGUCACCGAGUGGAACAUCGGCCGCCUGGAGACCAUCUUGGACACGGUGGAGAACGAGAGCGGCGUGAAGAUUAAAGGGGUCAACACGCCUUACCUUUACUUUGGCAUGUGGAAGGCGGCAUUUGCCUGGCACACAGAGGACAUGGACCUCUACAGCAUCAAUUACUUGCACUUUGGAGAGCCCAAGUCCUGGUACGCCGUCCCGCCCGAACACGGCAGGCGAUUGGAGCGUCUCGCCAAGGGUUUCUUUCCCGGCAACGCUCAGAGCUGCGAGGCCUUCCUGCGCCACAAGAUGACCUUGAUCUCGCCGUCCAUCCUCAAGAAGUACGGAAUUCCCUUUGAAAAGGUGACGCAGGAAGCGGGCCAGUUCGUCGUCACCUUCCCGUACAGCUACCACGCCGGAUUCAACCACGGCUUCAACUGCGCCGAGUCCACCAAUUUCGCCACGCAGCGCUGGAUCGACUACGGCAAACGGGCCACGCUGUGUUCGUGCCGCCAGGACAUGGUGAAGAUCUCCAUGGACGUGUUCGUGCGGAAGUACCAGCCGGAGCGCUACAAGCUGUGGAAGGCCGGCAAGGACAACGCGCCCGUCGACCACUCCAAGGCCACGCCGGAAGCCGCCCUCUUCCGGGAGGAGAGCGACCGGCCCGCCGCCGGCAGCCCGGAAGCCCAGACGGCCGCCAAGCGACCGCUCGACGCCGCCGAGGCCGAGUUGGCCGAAGAGGACGACGACGAGGAGGAGGAGGAGGAGGAGGAGCCCAAGAAGGCCAAGAUGGAGUCUCCCGCCAAAGAGGAGCCAGACGUGCAGGUUAAAUUGGAGAGCGAGCCUGAAGAAGAAAAAAACCACCGCGAGGAAGAAAAGCCUAACAGACGAGAAGACAUCUCAAAAGAGGAGGAGGCAGAACCCCCCACGAGCCGCACGGCCGACACCGCCGAAGUCCAGGCGGCGGCGCCGUGCCCGGGGGACGCGGGCGGCAAGGUUCCCCAUCCGGGCGGCGACACGGAGGAGCCGAAGCCGGACGGCGCGUCGCCCCAAAAGGUCUUCCGGAGGACGCUGAGCCCCGCCGACGUCUUGCACGUGCACAGUUACGCCAAAGGAGACUACGCCGAGGAAGAGGCCACACCCACAGACCAGCGCAAGGAGGAAGACGGCGGCCGGGACGACGACGCGCACGGCGGCAAAGUGAGUCAGUCUCGAGCGCGCGUCCUGCUGGUUGACGGUACUGCUUGCGUCCAGCAGGGGCCAGAAGAGCCACGCGGAGGCCCCAAGCGGAGCGAUCUGGGUCAGCUGCCGGGACACCACCCGCUCUUGAAGGACGUCCUCAGCGAUGAAGACGCUCCAGAGGAGGCGACCCCCGUGAAGGAGGCCGGCCUGGAGGGGGAAGGCUGGGCCAAGCCGCUGGCCCACCUUUGGCAGAACCGACCCCCCAACGUGAAGAGGGAGCGCGAGUACAACCGCAGGGCGGGCGCCAAGCCCCCCUACUGCUCCAUAUGCUCGCUCUUCGUCGCCUACCAGCAGACGGGCGGCGGCGGCGGCGCCAGCGCUCCGGUCGUGGGGCCGGGCGGGCGCACGCGCUCCAAGCCGCUGAUCCCGGAGACGUGCUUCGCCACCACCACCGAGGAAGACUCUGAGCGCCGGGAGGCGGCGGCGACGCCGCGCCUGGAUGAGGACGGGACCAGCCUCCUGGUCAGCUGCUCGCAGUGCAGCGUCCGGGUCCACGCCAGUCAGCCGCCCCGCCUCCGCCGUACCGCCGCGUCGGCGUUCCCGGCCCGCCGCUCGCCCGCUCACCUCAUGUUGGAUUUGUCCCUUCCAGGCUGUUACGGCGUCGAUCCCGCCAGCGUCAGGAAGGAGUGGAAGUGCGCUCGCUGCAAAGCCAACGCCGUGACGGAGAACUGCUGCUUGUGCUGUCUGCGGGGGGGCGCCUUGCAGAAGGCCAACAACAACAAGUGGGUCCACGUGCUGUGCGCCGUGGCCGUGCUGGAGGCUCGCUUUGUCAACGUGGCGGAGAGGCGACCCGUGGAUCUGAGCGGCAUCCCGUUGCAGAGAUUCAAACUGAAGUGCUACUACUGCAAGAAGCGGAUGAAGAAGGCGUCGGGCUGCUGCGUGCAGUGCUCGCACGGGCGCUGCCCCACCGCCUACCACCCGACGUGCGCGCAGGCCGCCGGCGUCCUCAUGCAGCCCGACGAGUGGCCCUUCGUGGUGCACGUCACGUGCUGCCGACACAAAGGACCCGCCCACGUCCAGCAGCGCAACAAGGCGGCCAUGCAGGAGCUGACGCCGGGCCAGAAGGUGAUCUGCAAGCACAAGAACGGGCGCUACUACCAGUGCGACGUGGUGCAGCUCUCCAAGGAAACCUUCUACGAGGUCAACUUCGACGACGGCUCCUUCAGCGACAACCUCUUCCCCGAGGACAUCGUGAGCCGAGACUGCGCCCGGCUGGGCCCGCCCCCGCGAGGCGAAGCGGUGCAGGUGCGCUGGACGGACGGCCUGGUGUACGGCGCCAAGUUUGAGGGCUCCCGCGUGGUCCAAAUGUACCUGGUCGAGUUUGAGGACGGCUCGCAGCUGACGAGCAAGCGAGACGACGUCUACUCGCUGGACGAGGAGCUGCCCAAGAGGGUCAAGUCCAGACUGUCGAAGGCCUCGGACAUGCGCUUCGACGGCAUCUUCGAGGGCAAGGAGAUCAUCCGCGAGUCCAAGAGGCAACGCGUCAUCAACUCGCGUUACCGCGGCGACUACAUCGAACCCGUCAUCUACAGAGCCAUCAUGGAGUAGGGGGGGGGGGGCCGGAAGGACCACUCUGGACUUUCUCUUUUGGAUUCUUGUCCUUGUUUUCAAGGGACUCUUUCUAUUCUUCCCAAACGGAGGAGGAGGAGGGAAGGGCGGCGGGCGGCGAAGCGUCUCAUUGCAACCGGGACCGAAGGCGCAACAAAUGGAACGCGCCUCGGCCGUACGGCUGGUUUCUUUCUCGAAGGUGCGCUCCGUUUGCUGACCCAAAUGUCCAGGAAUGACAUUCAAAUAGUUCCGCAAUCUGUUCCAACCCCCCCAACAAUGCCACCAGUAUUUUUUCGUCGUUUUAUCCGACGACCGCGAGCUCUCGAGCAGGGGCGUCAAACUUUAAAUUUCUUAAAUUAAAUUAAACAAAGCCGCGGGCCGAGGUUGAACAAAUGGAAUACUUGCAAUACCGGCGGGCCAGCUCUAAUAUUAAUUUGAAAUUGCCUCAGGAGGCAAAUGUAAUUACACCGUGGGCCUUAUUUGGCCCACGGGCCAGAGCUUGACAACCACGCUUUAGAGCGUAUUCUUCAUCCGUCGGCGUGAACAGUCCGUCCGUCCGUCCAUCCGGGUUCACCUCAAAUCUUUCCCUUCCCCUCAAUCUCAAAUGGAAAGCGAGGCAGCGCUGCCACCUACAGGGAGGCGCCCGACAUUACAGCGCUUCACAAGCCUGAAUGUCACAGACGAGCUGGGCCGCCGGUUGCAAAUUGUACGAGACGAGCACGCGGCGCUGACAAUAAACGUUUGGAUUGCGGCGGACUAAAAACAAAAGUCCAGGAUGGAAAAGUAGCACCGAUUUGGCCCAAAGUCACAAACAAACACGCCGUGGUACGUUUUGUGCCUCGAAGUGGCGCAACCGAGAGAGCGCCUCGUAGCGCUCGCUCGCUCCUGCACGCACGCCAGCUCCGACUGGCCUUCGUUACGGCUUACGUAACCAGCGAGAGAUCGGCGUCCAAUCACUCGCACCUUUCGCUUUUUCACAGCCUAACUCAGGGCUCAUUUACUGCAAAAAAUUCAACCAUAAUAAUAAUAAUAAUGAAACUUGGGGUACUCAAAAGUCUAUUUACCGAUGUCUCGUCACCUUUGAUUUUUUUUUUUUUGCCCGUGACCAACCAAAUGUGCGCAGCGUUUUUCCGGAU